AUGCUAAGUCAAACGCGUCGUAUUGCACGUAUUAAAGCGUCGAAGCAUAUCGUAAUUAUUAAAAGAAGUGAUGCUGGUGAUAGCGUUGCUAGUGAUAGCGUUGCUAGUGAUAGUGUUGCUAGUGAUAGCGUUGCUAGUAAUAGCGUUGCUAAUGAUAGCGUUACUAGUGAUAGCGUUGCUAGUGAUAGCGUUGCUAGUGAUAGCGUUGCUAGUGAUAGCGUUGCUAGUAAUAGCGUUGCUGGUAAUAGCGUUGCUGGUGAUAGCGUUGCUAGUGAUGGCGUUGCUAGUAAUGGCGUUGCUAGUAAUGGCGUUGCUGGUGAUGGCGUUGCUAGUGAUGGCGUUGCUAGUGAUAGAAUUACUAAAGGAGUAUUGCUUAAAGGAUGUUGCUAG